AUUUUCAUGGAAAAAUGAUCUUCUUGCCCACGAUAAAACUUUCUGUUGUUUUUAAAAUUUAUUCAUGCUCUUGAACAGGAUUUGAGACAUGCAUAUAAUUAAAAAUUAAUAUGGCAUUAGCCUACUGACAUUCCUUUGAUCAAUGAGGUAACAGGUUGGAAUUGGGACAUGACUAGAAGUGUCAAAAAACUUAAUAAAUAAAAUAUGUUGCUGCAGAAAAUUUGCUGUCGUUAUUUUGGCUCCAUACAGCAUUGUCUUGUGAGCACCAAAAGUGGAUAUAUAAGGACACAGUAUUUAAGGCAAUACAGUUCAUUUGGUACAGUAAAGCCAUCCAACAAUUUGACCACAUUGCUCAGAAGAAGUAGAGUGUCCAUUAUUUGUGAUAGGACAUUUCAUACAGCAGGUCUGCAGCUAUCAGGAACAGCUAGAUUCACUAAUCAGUCCAGCAGUGUAAGGAAAAAGAAGAGAAGGUUGGGGUCACAGAAUGGAGUUGAAUUACAAGUUACAGCUUAUCAGAUAUCAAAAGAGGACUUGGAUUUUGAGUUGUUGGAGAGGUAUUUAGAAAAACAGAAUCUGUACAAGAUCACAGACCUUCCACCAGACAUGGUAGAUGUUAUGCAUUGUACACCAGUUUAUCCAGUGCAAGAGCACCAGAAAGAAAUAUUUUUCACAAAGCAGGGUUCUGUGGUUUUCUGGGAUGUUCCUGAAACUGAGAGACAUGAAGUUUUACAGUUUGUGAAAGAACUAGAUCCAGAGAAUGCAUUUGAUGAUAAAUUUAUUGAGGAUGAAUCAGAGAGCAUGAUGGUUACAUUAAGUGAUAAGGAAUCGUGUAUCCUGGACAGCAACACCAUUAACAUGAACAGUACUCUGUACAGUAAACAAACAGGACAACUACAGAAGUACGCCUGUACUAAUGCUUUAAUGCAGUCAUUGCACUUAUCUGCAAUGGAGAGACAACUAGAAGAUUUCAUUGAUGAUACAGAACAUCUAUCAAUGGACUUGAAGGCUGGUAACCCUAUUCGAAUCAAAGCUAGAGAAGUUCAGCAACACCUAGGGAAAUUAUUUGAAUUUAGGAAGAAUUUGAACCUGUGUUCUGAUCUUUUGGACACACCUGAUUUUUACUGGGACAGAGCAGAACUGGAAAAGCUGUACUUGGAUCUGUGUAAAAUAAUGCAGACUAAAUACAGAACUAAGGUGAUGAAUGAGAAGAUUAAUUAUUGCUGUGAGUUGAUGGAGUUGUUGAAUAAUAAGUUUACUGAUGCUCGCCACACCAAACUGGAAUGGAUGAUCAUUGUUCUCAUAAUGAUUGAGGUUGUGUUUGAAUGCUUCCACCUGUACAGGAAUGACUAUGACUGGUUUGUUGGGAAAGCAGAACCUAAAAAACCCUCAGAGACUGUGGACAAUUAAUUCAUGCUACUGCAUGCUGGACCAAGGAUUAUUUUUAACAUCAGUUUAGACUCUAAAAUCUCAGAUUGUGAAAUAUGCAGAUGUGUAUACAUGUAUUAAUGACCUAAUUCAUUUACAUGUUAUGAUGUGUAUCAUACAAUUAUGAAGCUACAUGUAGAUGUAUGUUCUUGUUAUGAAAUUUCCUGAAGGAAUUAAAAUGACAAGUCUUUUUUCCUGGGCCAAAUAUUGAUUUGUUUUAUACUGAAACCUUAAGAAGGUUGUCACAUUGAACUCAUGUUCAUAUUCCAAUUUAUUACAGAUAU